AUGUCGGUACCAUCUUCCCAUAAUGAUGUUACAAAGACGCAAACAAUUAUUUCGAUAGUAAGAUCGGGUGAAUAUUAUUCUUUGCAAGGAGUACCUGAGAUAGAUGGAAAUGUGCCUGGCAGUGUCAAGAGAUAUGAGGAAGUAGAUAGUGGAAUAUUUCGUCCCACACCGUACAAAACCAGAAGCCAAGCAUUACACGCCGCCCAUGGGGUAUUACAAAGAGUUCUCGGUGCAUCUAUUACUAAGGGGUUCACACUUGGACUGUUGGAGCGGAGUGAUGGAGACAGUACUUUUGUGAUUAGCUCCACCGCUGAGCCCAAUGUUGUCGUCACUCUGCGAGGCACCACCACACUGGCACUGACUUCUGCGCUGUCGUAUUACAUGACUCACUUUAUGAAGUCCUCAAUCAGUUUAACGGGUUAUUCGACCCCUAAGCUGCCGUUGUGUGAGGAGUUGGCAACAGGUAUAUAUUUUAUGGUACACAGUGCAGAACUCCGAUACGAUACAGGGUCAGAUCACAGAUGUUUAGGCAAAUGCGCGGCUAUGCGGCUCGUAGCGACUGAGGAACCGCAAGGUAUCCUGUGGCUUCUGAUAGUUUAUCUGAAUAGCGUACAGGAGAAGCUCUUCAAUCGGUGA